AUUUUAAUUGUUGCAAAAUAUGUAUUUUUAUAUAAAACUUGUAUGUUUAUUUGGUCUUUUCCUACUUAGAGCUUUAGCCAAAGAUAUACCCUAUGAUGUCAAUUAUAAUAUUAUAUUUGGGAAUCAACAAGUUGUAUCCUUCAACCAAGGAAGAGAACUUCAGAUUUCAAUGGACCAAUCUUCUGGAUCUGGCAUUGGAUCUAAGGAGAAUUAUGGUUCAGGCUUCUUUCACAUGAAAAUAAAACUACCAAACAGAGACUCAGCAGGAGUUGUUAUUGCUUUUUAUCUACAUUCAAAUACAUACAAUAAUGAUGAAAUAGAUUUUGAAUUUUUGGGCAAUAGAGAAGGCAAACCGUAUAGCUUGCAAACAAAUGUGUUUGUAAAUGGUGGUGGAAAUAGAGAACAAAGGGUGCAUCUUUGGUUUGAUCCAACUGCAGAAUUUCACAAUUAUAAAAUCAUGUGGAAUGAACAUCAAAUAGUGUUUUAUGUGGACAAUAUUCCAAUUAGGGUGUUCAAAAACAAUGAAAAUAUUGGAGUUGGAUAUCCAAAACAACCAAUGCAAUUACUAGCCACAAUAUGGGAUGGAGAUGGUUGGGCAACAGAUGGAGGAUUAACAAAGACCAAUUGGUCUUUUGCACCUUUCAAAGCUUAUUUUCAAGAUUUCAAAAUUGGUGGGUGCCCAAUAAUUAACUCAAAUACUAAUAAUUGCAAUUCACAAGGUUAUUGGUGGAACCAAAGAAAUUAUUGGAGGUUGAGUUCUUCACAAAGAAAAUUAUAUGAUGAAUAUAGAGUCAAUUAUAAAACUUAUGAUUAUUGUGAUGAUAUGAUUAGAUAUCCUACUCCACCCUUAGAAUGUGUUUCAUAA